GGUAGGAAAUGAAACAAGAGGCAGAUUGACUCCCGUCAAAACAAAACUGAAACUAUUUCAACCACAACGCAAUUUUUAAAAUGUGGAGGAAAAACGAAAAGAAGGAAUAAAUUGGAAUGAAAAAGCGAGUGAAUACCGUCUUGUGGUGUGGCAUGGAGAGAAGAUAGAAGCUAAAGUGAUCAGGUAGAAAUAGCAGGGUCACCUGCACCCAGCUGUCUGUCUAUGGAAAGUGAUCGUUCAAUGGAUACUUCACGUGACUUCAGAGGGAAGUUCACAGGUGAUCACAGUAAUCAGGUAGACGUGACAGAAUCACUUGGACCGAGCUGUCUGUCUGUGAAGAGUGAUGAAUCAGUGGAUCAUCCAAUCAAGUUCAUAGAAGAGUUCACAGGUGAUCAAAGGACCCAAGUAGAAAGAGCAGGGUCACCUGUACCCAGCUGUCUGUCUAUGAAGAGUGAAGAAUCAGUGGGUCAUUUAAUCAACUUCAGAGGAGCAUUCCCAGGUGAUCAGAGGGUCCAGGUUGAAAGAGCAGGGUCACCUGUACCCAGCUGUCUGUCUGUGAAGAGUGAAGAAUCAAUUGGUCAUCUAAUCAACUUCAAAGAAAAAUGUGAUUAUCCGAGGACCCAGCAGUCACGGAAGUCCAGUCGUUUAGAUGAGAAGAGCUCAGAGAAAUUAUCCUUCAAUAAACAGUCUCUCCUGCGCACUCUGAUGAAGCUGAAGAAGGAUGAGUUGAAACAGUUUCAGAGCCAUCUGAGUCAGGAUUGCCCAGAAUGCCUUAAAAUUCUGUCUGAAGAUCCUUCUGUACUGGAUAAGUUUAUGAAGAUCAAUAAAUUAUUGGAGAGUCAUCAAAUUGCUGAUUACCCAGAAUGCAUUGAGAGAGAACAGGAGGAUCCUGAGACCCUGUACAUAGUUGAGAAGAUGCUGGAGACCUGUGGCAGUGAGAGGUCUCUGAAGAUCACACUCCACAUCCUGAGGAACAUGAAGCAGAAGGAUCUCGCUGACUCACUGGAGCGAGAUGAGCAGCACAAUGAAUCAAUUAAAAGAGUCGAGCAGGCUCUGAAAACUCAUCUGAAGAAGACAUUUCAAAGCAUCUUUGAAGGUUUAGCAAAGCAGGGCCACCCAACCCUCCUCAAUGAGAUCUAUACAGAGCUCUACAUCACAGAGGGGGGAAGUGGAGGGGUCAAUAAUGAACACGAGGUCAGACAGAUUGAGACAGCAUCCAAGAGACAAACCACACAGGAGACUGCAAUCCUCUGCAAUGACAUCUUUAAGCCUUUACCUGGACAAAAGAAACCCAUCAGAACUGUGCUAACAAAGGGAGUUGCUGGCAUUGGGAAAACUGUCUCUGUGCAGAAGUUCAUUCUGGACUGGGCAGAAGAAAAGGCCAAUCAGGACAUUGAUCUCAUAUUCACUCUUCCUUUCCGAGAUCUGAAUCUGAAGAAAGAGAGGGAAUUCAGUCUGAUGCAACUUCUUCGUCACUACUUUCCACAACUGAAAGAGGUCAAGAGUGUUGCAAUUGAUAAACUUAAAGUUGUCUUCAUCUUUGAUGGUCUGGAUGAAUGUCGACUUCCUCUAGAUUUCCAAAGUAAUGAGGUCUGCUGUGAUAUAACAGAGUCAUCAUCAGUGGACGUGCUGCUGACCAACCUCAUUAAGGGGAAUCUGCUUCCCUCUGCUCUCCUCUGGAUCACCUCCCGACCAGCAGCAGCCAAUCAGAUUCCUCCUGAUUGUGUUCACAGAGUGACAGAGGUACGAGGGUUCAAUGACCCACAGAAGGAGGAAUACUUCAGGAAGAGAAUCAGAGAUCAGAACCAGGCCAGCAGAAUUAUCUCACACAUAAAGUCAUCCAGAAGCCUCUACAUUAUGUGUCACAUACCAGUCUUCUGCUGGAUUUCUGCUACUGUUCUUGAGACAAUGUUGGGCAAAGCAGAGAGUGGAGAUCUGCCUAAGACUCUGACUGAAAUGUAUACACAUUUCCUUCUCAUUCAGACUAAUGUGAAGAAUCAGAAAUAUGGCACUUAUGAGACAGACGCAAAGAUGAUGUCUGUAUCAGAUACAGAAAUCAUCCUGAAACUGGGGCAGCUGGCUUUUGUACAGCUGGAAAAGGGAAAUCUGAUAUUCUAUGAAGAGGACCUGAGAGACAGUGGCAUUGAUGUCAGUGAAGCUUCAGUGUACUCUGGGCUGUGCACACAGAUCUUUAAAGUGGAGCGUGGGUUUUCUGAGGAGAAGGUCUACUGCUUUGUGCAUCUGAGUAUCCAGGAGUAUCUGGCUGCCUUGUUUGUGUUUCAUUCAUGUGUAAAUGAGAACAGAAAUGUACUCAGAGCAGAAGAAUCAAAACCUCACAGUGACGGACUGGAGCUGUCUGAGUUGCUCAAGACUGCAGUGGAUCAGGCCUUAGGGAGUAAGAAUGGACACCUGGACCUUUUCCUCCGAUUCCUUCUUGGCCUCUCUCUGGAAUCUGUUCAGACUCUCUUGGAACGACUGUUGACACAGACAAGAAGAAGAUCUGAUGGAGGAAGACACAAACAAAACUCAAUUUUUACUUUCUUUCAAAGACUGUGGACAUGGACAGGAAGUACAUCACCUACACCAGUCCCACGGACACAGACAGAAAGCAGAUCACACAGCGUUGAGAAAACAAUCCAGUACAUUAAGAUGAAGAUCAGAGAGGAAUCUUCAGCAGAGAGGACCAUCAAUCUGUUUCACUGUCUCUCUGAACUAAAUGACAACUCUCUAAUGGAGGAAAUCCAGAAUUCCCUGAGAUCAGGAAAACUUUCUGAUACAGAGCUGGAACCAGACCAGUGUUCAGCUCUGGCCUUUGUGUUACUGAUGUCAGAGGAGAUCCUGGAUGAAUUUGACUUGAAGACCUACAACACAUCAGCAGCUGGUCAUCAGAGACUGCUACCAGUAGUCAGGAACUGCAGGAAGGCCAUACUGAACAGCGGUAACCUCACAGAGAAGUCUUGCGAUAUUGUGGCCUCAGCUCUCCAGUCAUCAAACUCUCCCCUGAGAGAUCUGGAGCUCAGCUACAAUAACCUGGGAGAUUCAGGAGUGGAGCUGCUCUGUGCUGGACUGAUGAAUCCUAACUGUAAACUACAGAGACUGAGACUGAACAGCUGUGACCUCACAGAGAAGUCAUGUGAUAUCGUGGCCUCUGCUCUCCAGUCAUCAAACUCACCCCUGAGAGAUCUGGACCUCAGCUACAAUAACCUGGGAGAUUCAGGAGUGGAGCUACUCUGUACUGGACUGAUGAGUCCAAACUGUAAACUACAGAGACUGGGGCUGGGUUGGUGUAAUAUCACAGAGGGCUGCUGUGAUGUUCUGGCCUCAGUCCUGCGUUCUUCUCACUCAGAGCUGAGAGAUCUGGAGCUCAGAGACAACGAGCUGCAGGAUUCCGGAGUGAGAGCGCUCUCUGCUGGACUGGAGGACCCACACUGUAAACUGCAGAGACUGGGGCUGUCAGGCUGUAGAGUCACAAAGAGAGGCUGUGAUUCUCUGGCUUCAGCUCUGUGUUCAAACCCCUCAUACCUGAGAGAGCUGGACCUGAGAUACAAUCACCCAGGAGAUUCAGGAGUGAGAGCGCUGUCUGCUGCUAAACUGGACACACUCACACUUCUAGUGGACAAUGGAGGAGAGAACAGGACCAAACCUGGACCCAGGAAAUACGGCUGUCAGCUCACACUGGAUCCAAACACAGCGAACAGAAACCUGUCUCUGUCUGAGGGGAACAGGAGGGUGACGGACACACCAGGGAGAGAGGAGCAGCCAUAUCCUGAUCAUCCAGAGAGAUUUGAGUUCUGGCGCCAGGUUGUGUGCAGAGAGAGUGUGUGUGAGCGCUGUUACUGGGAGGCUGAGUUCAGUGUGUCUGAGGGGGGAGGGGUAGAUAUAGCAGUGGCAUAUAAAGGAAUCAGUAGGAAAACACAAGAUUCUGACUGUAAAUUUGGAUGGAAUAAUAACUCCUGGAGUUUGAGGUGCGUUAAGCACAGUUACUCUGUCUGGCAUAAUAAGAACUACACACACAUACCUGUCCCCCCCUCCACCUACCGCAGAGCUGGAGUGUGUGAUGAUGAUGAUGCUGGUAGAGGAGUGUGUGUGCACAGGGUAGGAGUGUGUGUGGACCGCCUGGUCGGCACUCUGUCCUUCUACAGCGUCUCUGACUCUGACACACUGACCCUCCUGCACAGAUUCCACACACACUUCACUCAACACACACCCCUCUGUGCUGGACUUACAGCGUGUGACUCCUCAGUGUACCUCUGCUAACUGGAGUAGAGUCUCUCACUCACACUCAUACACACAGUCUCAUGCACACUCUCACUCACAAACUCUCUCACACACACGCAUUGUCAAACACCCACAUGCAUACUCUCACACCCAGACACACAUUCUCACACACACACAGGAGCUGUGGGGUUCCUCUCCCAGAAAAAUGUAACACUUGUUUUGAGCAUUACAACUUGUAAACAAUCUUCUUUUGGAACAGUCUAAUAGUUUUAUAUUUACAGUAAUAUUAAAUGAUUUUUAUUUUGAAACGUUACAUAAAUUAUAAAAAUGUAAUUAUCUUUCUCGCAAACAAAUGAAUGUUUACAGAAAAUUUUAAAUGACUCCUGAUUGCAUUCUCAAUGGUGUGUUGUUAGCCAAUACAAAUUAUACAAAUUAAAUUCAUAAGGGACAUAUUCUCAAUCCAAAACUAAUCUUUCUAUCGAGGGUAUUUGCUCGAUAACUGUGACAUAAAUACCGUAGCUUGUUUGCGGAAGUAUUUAAUUUAAUAAACAUGAGAGCCAAGACUCGUUUCUGUCAGAUCAGGGGCACAUUCAAUCUGAAAAUGGUGUGCACCGUUUUGCUACGGUUUCCGGGUUGAACGACAUGUUUCCUCGAAACGGUGUGCAACAGGCUUUCAGGUCCGUUUUCUCUCGUUUGGUGGGUGUGUCAGAGGUGUUACCCAAUCAGCAGCGACGUGUACAUAAACCCCGUCGUAUUAAAAAGGCAGUGCGCACAAUGGAUCUCAAUGAAGUCCUUUACAAAUGCGUCCGCUGCAGCUGGGUGUACGCAACAACUGAAGACAUUAGAAGACAUGUUUGUCUGAAGUAUUUUUUUUUAAUUUUUUAAGUAAUUUUUUGUUAAGUAUUUUAUUGUAUUAAACACGUAUUUAAACCGAUUUCAUCAGGCUCCGAAAAUUCUUCGAAAAGAACGCAAAGAAUGGCCUUCUCAGCUGCCAUAGUUGCAACACUUGCGUAAAACAACAGGGUGUUCAACGCGCCACCGUUUCCUUUUAAAUAAACAUUUUGCUACAUUUGGUCAGGGCUGAACACGCCCCAGUUGUUGUGUGGUGUUGCUGUGGGGGUGGGGAUUGUUUUCAGGAUAACAGGUACGUAAACGCACGAUAACAGGUACGUAAACGGAUGAGUUGUGAACAUAACGUUACAUUGUAGCGUGAAGGAUGCUGGAGCCGCAUCCAAAAUAGCUGAUUUCUGACUGAAUACACUGCGAUUUCUCAAUCAGUUUGAGAACAAUGUGUUGAUUUGAAGACACAAUGAGGGAGGUGAUGAAUUUAAAAACUGAAUGAACGGUGAAAUUAUUUGGCUGUAUUAAACUGAACAUUUCAACAAGGGGGCCUUGCCUUUGUUACCCCAUUUAGAAAAACUCCUGCAUACACACUCUCGCUCUCUCUCCCCCCCCCCCCCCGCGUGGGGAAGAAGGCAUAUUAUACCUGGUAUUAAUGGUGUACACACUUGAGGAGGAAUGAAUGUUGUCACUUGGUUUAUAAUAUUUUGUUGUCUAGUUUGUAAUGUUUUGUUCUGUGUUUUGUUUUGCUCUUUGUUUCUGUAUUUUUGCACAUAGCAUUUCAUAUAUGACCCAGAUGUAAUAACUUAAAAGAGUUUUUAAUAAAGGUGUUUUAAAAUUCAAAUUCUCUCUCUCUCUCUCUCUCUCUCUCUCUCUCUCUAACUAAUAAUUGAUAUAGUCAUUUUCAAGUGUCAUGUUGAAUCAGUGUUAUGACACCCCUGUCUUAGUGAGCCUUCUCGGCAGCUUGUUAUGACCGUUGUGUGAACAUGAACUGCAGAUUGCGUCAUAACAACAGUAUGUCAUACAGUAGUUAUGAAUGGACAUUCAUGACAGGCAUUAUGUCAUGGUAAUGAUGCUGUCAAGUAAAGUGUUGCCAAAAUUGUGAAUAUUCAAUGUGAGUUUGUGUACUUCACACAAUUAAGUGCACUAUAUGACAAAUAUACCAAAGUAUCUGGACACCCCUUGGUCUGGGGAUGUUUUUCAUGAUUUGGACUUGGCCCCUUAGUUCCAAAUUGUCAUGCUACAGCAUACAAUCACAUUAGAUGAUUCUGUGCUUCCCCAACAGUUUGGGAAGGCCAUUUACUGUUUCAGCAUGACAAUGCCCCUGAGCACACAGCAAGGUCCGUAUAGAAAUGGUUUUGUUGAGAAUGGUGUGGAAGAAUUUGACUGGCCUGCACAGAGCCCUGUCCUCAACCCCAUCCAGCACCUUGGGAAUCAAUUGGAAAGCCAACUGUGAGCCAGGCCUAAUCGCCUAAUCAGUGCCCGACCUCACUAAUGCUCUUGUUACUGAAUGUAAGCAAAUGCAGCAAUGCUCCAACAUCUAGUAUAAAGCCUUCACAGAAGAGUUGUUUUAGCAUCAAAGAGUGUACCAUCUCCAUAUUAAUCCAACAUGGACAACAUUUCAUUUUGGAUGAGAUGUUGGAUGUCAGGUGUCCUCAUACUUUUGGCCAUGUAGUGUACUGUAUGUAUAGAACAUAUUAAGAGUGUGGUACUGGCAAAACAUGGCAGGGUCAAAUGCCUUUGAAGUCAUAAUUCUGUUUUGUUUUAUAUUUGUAUAGAAGAAGCUGUUUAACUGCAUAUUAUUCAUUUUUACAGUUGCUUUGACUCCUUUUUCACAAGAGUUCCAAUGUGCAACAUCCUGAAGUCAAAUCCAGCUGAUAGGGAGAAUGCAGAGUGAUCACUAUAAAUAAUGGGGCUGAGUUUCCUCGUGCGGAGACCGGGGGCAAUUGUAACCAUUUUUGGUUUUGAUGUCAUUACUCAAGAACCUCUUGAACUAUUUGGAACAUGCAGACGGUACGUCAUAAUGCAGUGUAUACUUUCGGUGAAUGGUGGGUAGAUAUGGUGCAAAAGCAAUAAUUGAGAAGUAGUAGACAAUUAUUAGUGAGGGUAAAAGCAGGUUAAAGAAAUGUGUUUCUAGCUGAGCUUGAACCUAGGACCCUAUGUUCCCAAGACUGUAACCUUGCCCACUAGGCCACAGGCAGACUAGCUGUUUAAACUGGAAAUGUUUCAGAGUAAAAAGGUAUGGGUAUUUUGCGUGCGUAUGUUUUUGAUUGGGUCAUGUAGGUGAAGAUUUGGCUGGUGUCGGUAAAAUGUCCAAUGGGGAGACAUGUUGUUAGUGGGAUUAGACAAGCGUUACGUGCUCCCCUCGCGUAACCUUUCCUUUUGGGUUGCACUCCCUGCCUUGUACACAAAAUGUUGUGGGGAUGUUGAGAAGGAUGUGUCUGCUGCUGAGCAUUUCGCCACCACCACAGACCUAUAGGUCAAGCCGCACGAUGGAGCCGUAUAUGAGCCUGACGGUCCAUCAUAUUAACACCGAUUUCAACAUGAAGAGAAAGUGCCUACAAACGGCAUAUUUCCCAGAAGACCACACGGGAAUACUCAUUACCCAGGGCCUGAGGGAAGCGAUGGCUGCGCGGGGAUUCCCGGAGGACAAACUCGUCUGUAUGACCACAGACAAUGCUGGGAACAUAACGCUCGCAGCUGAACUCAGUUAAUGGACAAGGCUCCAGUGCUUUGGGCACAGACUUCACAGACAGCCACAGAGAAUGCAAUGAAGGAUGACAGGAUUGGUCGUGCUGUGGGAAACAGAAACGGCAGAUACCUCAUCCCUGCAUGGCAGGACACUGAUGUCCUUGAGGCCAUCAGCAAGUCGCUCAGCCCUCUGGUUGAAUUCACAGAUGCACUUUCUGGUGAGAAGUAUGUGAGUGUUUCUUUUGUGAAACCCAUGCUCCAUCUGUUCAAUACCUCGAUCUUGGCAGUGGAGGAGGAAGACCCAGACCCCACCAGAUCAUUCAAGAUGAAGAUCCUGGCCUACCUCAACGACAAGUACAGUGACCCAUGCACACAAGAGCUGCUUGAUAUGGCCUCUGCCCUGGGCCCUAGGUUCAAGCUGAAUUACGUCAGUGAGGACAACAUGGGGUCAAUCCAAGCCAGACUGACAUCAGAGAUGGCGAUGACUGUCAGUGUUGUGGAGAUGGGUCCUCCUGAAAUGGCAGAAAUGCAUGGUGGUGAUGACACUGAGGGUGCUGGUGCACCCAAGAAGAAGACCUUGGGCAGCUUCUUCAAGGCCACUGAGGGCACAGCACCAGGACCUCAGAGCCAGGGCCAGGCUAUAGCCUCUGAGCUACAGUCCUACCUCCAGGCAACCAUCCUGGACAGUGAGUAGGAGCCUUUGGACUGCUGGAGGGUACACAACUGUUCCCACGACUCUCCCACCUGGCAAGGAAAUAGCUUUGCAUUCCAGCUACCAGUGCCCCUUCAAAGAGGGUGUUCUCGGGUGGAAAUGUUGUCAACUGUCACCGUGCAUCUCAGAAGCCAGACCAUGUCAACAGGCUGAUAUUCCUGGCUAAAAACCUUUAAAAGGGGCAGCAUUUGCCAUGUAGCCUAGACUCUAAGUUCUUUUUAUUUGAUUGCAUGUUGAGUUGUAUUUAUUUUCAGUUAUUGCUUGACCUUGAGGGUGGGCCAGGCUAUAAGAGGAAGUCUCGGACUGACUGACUUCCCAUUGCUGAAAUACGUUAAGUGAUGUACAGUAGGUGACAGUGCGCCAAUGUAGCAGUCCAGGUGAAUGAGGCUUACAUGGUUUUAUUUAUUUUCAGUUCUGCCCAAUGUUAUAUAAUUUUAAAUAAUGUAUACAUGUAUUUAUAGUUCAAGAAGAUUCUGUUUAUUCAAAAAGUGCAAUAAAAGUAUUAUGUUCCUAAAA